AUGGCCAAAGAGGGGAUCAAUGGUGUCUUUGGGAGGCCCAAGACGUUGCGAAGCAAGUCUGCCAAGGCCUCCGAUCGGCUGGAAGAGGAUGCUCAAGCCAUGGAGACGAGAUUGCGUCAACUCCGAGUGACGAUGCUGGAAGAGAAGAAGAAACGAGACGCAGACCUUCCUCUUAAACACGCAGGGAAUCGGUGGCGUAGUGCUCGGGAAGAUCGCGGUAGUGUGAGGCAAUACGCGCGUGAUGUUCAGGAUAAGAAGACGUGCUCGUCGCGAUCGAAACUUGUUAUUCUUUCACCUGCCACGGUGGAGCAGUGGACGGUGCCUCAAGUGCUCGAGUGGCUUACAGCAAUUGGGCUAAUAGAAUUUCAGAUAGGGUUUGAAUUCCACCAAGUUACAGGAAAAAUGCUUCUGAACUUGUCACCUGCAGGAUACGAGAAACUUGGCGUCUUUAAGCUGUCGGCUCGUAAUCGAUUGCUGGCUGAGAUGGAACAGAUCCGUGCCCAGCGGAUCAAACAGAACGGCACUCAGGCAGCGGAAAUCAUCGACCCGAAGCUUCGUGAUCCUCAACUCGGUCUUGAAAUGUCAUCACCAUCUAGCAAACUCGCCGCGAAGACGCAUUGGUCGCAUGUAGCUCCACUUUCAGAGAACGCUGUUGGUAGCGGGGAUGGGCAAGUUCCAGUCAACCUGGCUGAUGGAGAUUUCGAUGAGGAUGAGAGCCACGCUUCGUUUAUGAAGGCGCUUCUAGAAUGGAGGGAGAGCGACUCAAAGCAGCUAACGCUAGAAGCCAAUUCGAACCAAGAGGAGGAAGAGUGGGUGAAUCCCAUGUUUAGUACUGGAACGGAAGAAGAUCACAAGGGUGGGGGUGCUUUACUGGAAGGCACGUAUAGCGAAGAGGAAGCACAGAAGUCGUUCCAAGAAGCCAGUGGCUGCGCUCCAGGCGAACGACAAAGCUGCUGGCAAUGCUAUCGUGUCAUGCAACUGGAGGAUUUAGUACACGAUGAGCAGACUGGCAAGUCGUUCUGUGGUUCCACGUGUCAAAGAGCUUACUGCGAGCAAUAUGCUCGGUUCUAUACAACCUCAUCAUAA